UCUAUCGUUGCCCCAUCCAGCGUGCAAUCAAAAGCGUCAUCCUAGGUGGGCACUAGCCAGACACCAUUCCAUGCUUCCAGUUCCACUGCCCCCGUUAUACUCUGCGCGUUCUACCAGCUUGUACGUACGAAGUUCCAAACUGCCAAGAGAUGGCCGCUGCGAAGCCAGCCUCCAUUGCCGCCAAUUCCACCACUGCCGCCAAACCUCCGGCGCCCGAGCAGCCACUGCUGGAGGUGGCGGAGGAGGAGGUGGUGAUCGACUUCAAGCCCAACUCCAAGUGCCGCGUCGACCUCCGCCUCCGCUCGCUGCACCCCUCCCUCCCCGUGGCAUUCAAGGUCCAGACCUCCUCCCCGCUCAAGUUCCUCGUCAGCCCGCCGCGCGGCACCCUGCAGCCGCUCUCCUCCGCAACCAUCCGCGUCGUGCUCCGCCCGCAGCCGCACGCGCCGCAGUCGUUCCCGCGCUCCCGCGCCGACCGCUUCCUCGUCCUCUCCUCCCUCUCCGCCGCGCACCUCGACUCCGCCGCCUCCAUCACCGGCAGCGCUGCCGCCGGCGCCAUACGCCUCCGCGUGUUCUUCGGCGGGCCCUACCUGCUCCGCCUCGCCGCGGACGCUGGGGACUCCGCGGCCGUGCGCCUCAUCCUGCGCCGGCAGCCGCAACUUCUGCCGGUUCUCCAGCCCGAAGCGCUAAUGCCCGACACCGAGCAGUGGGCGCCGCUGCACGCGGCUGCCGCGAGGGGGGACUGCGAAGAGGUGAGGAGGCUGGGGCCGGAAGCGCUGGCGGCUCGUGACAAGGAUGGCAGGACGGCUCUGCACGUCGCGGCCGCAGCAGGGGAGGUGGAGGCGGUGGCGGAGCUGGUGGAGAUGGGCGCCGACGCCGCGUCCGCCGACGCCCGAGGGAAGACUCCACUGGACGUGGCGCGAGACAAGGGCUAUAAAGAAGUUGUGGACAUACUGCAACGUUGGGAGCUGGUCAUGACAGCGGCUAGGCGAGGCGACCUCCAGAGCCUGCAGCUCCUCCUCAGCAAGCGCACGGGCAUCCGCGGCCGCGACCAGUACGGCCUGACGGCGCUCCACAUGGCCGCGAUCAAAGGCCACUGCGACGUGAUCGCCUUGCUCGCCGGGUCCGGCUGCAUGGACAUCGAGUGCGAGGACGUGGAAGGGCACCGGCCGCUGCACCUCGCCGUCGAGGGCGGCUGCGCCGACGCCGUGGACCUGCUGCUUGACAUGGGCGCUGACGUCCACGCCAAGACCAAGCGGGACGCGACGCCGCUCCAGAUGGCCGAGACGAUGGGGUACGAUGACAUCGCGCAGCUACUGCGCAGCCGGGGUGCCGACGAGGCGGCAGCUGCUGCGCAGUUGUGCAUCGCGUCGUCGUCUUCCUCGUCGAUAUCGUGUGCCUAGGGAGAACCACUUUCGUGUUUGCGUCUUCGAUUCAGUGUUGUUUGUAGAGACCAUGUUAAUGCUGAACUGUCUUAUGUUUUGUUAGAAGGUAUUGAUAUAAACUUGCAACUGCGCUCCAUAGAGCAGUUUCAAUAUAUUGCAAGUUGCAUCUGUAGAUUUAAAAACAGAACAUUUACUGAAAAGUUUUUAUUUUUGUUAUCU